AUGGGAACGACCCACGGAGGCAGCUUUUGGAAAAGUUGGCGCCAGGACAAGAUCACUCGAAGUAAGGAGGAUGCGCGAAAUAUUCUGGAAAACUACAUCAAGCAAAUCCGUAACUCUGAUAAUCCUGAAGCGACUUUCCGAAAGCUAGCGCAACAGUACAGCGAUUGUAGUUCAGCAAAGCGAGGAGGAGACCUUGGAAUGUUUGGUCGACGUCAAAUGCAGAAACCAUUUGAAGAUGCUUCAUUCGCCCUUGACAUUGGUGAGAUGAGCGAUAUUGUGGAGACCGAUUCUGGCCUGCAUAUAAUUUGGAGACUUGCUUGAUUUUACGUUUAUCUUUUUUUGUUAUGAGUUGCACGCCAUUGUACAUUAUAUUUGUUUAUCGAUUUCCAUAAAGUUUUUUCUCCGCUG